CCGCGGUGGCGGCGGGACGCGGACGCGGGCGCCGGCCAGGACAGCGACAGCGACAGCGGAGGAGCGCUGGUGGAGCUUUGGUCUCCGUCAGUGUGGCUGGAUACUCCGGUGACUGUGUUUGUGGAUUCGGGAAAGCGUGUGCCAACGGGUUGGACACAAGCAGGUGCCAGUAAGUGUUUGGGAAAGGAAUGAUGAGGUGAAAGUAAGCCUAUAGUGGAAGAGGAGGACCUUGCUCCAUGGAGAGCUGCAACUGGUUCUUGAGCAGAGAAGUUUCUCUAUUUACCUGAGUCCAUUCUGGUCCAGGAGUUCCCUGCAGCUGGGUCCAGGCGUGUGCAUUCAUGAGUGAGGAACCUGAGCAGGCGUUGAGCAUCCUGACAGUGAGAGCAGGAGCUGAUCAGGGUGAUGGCCAAAGGCCCGGGCCCCUGGAACGGCACCAUCAAUGACACCUGGGAUGGGGAUGAGCUGGGCUACAAGUGCCGCUUCAACGAGGACUUCAAAUACCUGCUGCUGCCCGUGUCCUACGGCGUGGUGUGUGUGCUGGGGCUGUGCCUGAAUGCUGUGGCGCUCUUCAUCUUCCUGUGCCGCCUCAAGACCUGGAAUGCCUCCACCACGUACAUGUUCCACCUGGCCGUGUCAGAUGCGCUGUACGCGGCCUCCCUGCCACUGCUGGUCUACUACUAUGCCCAAGGCGACCACUGGCCCUUCAGCACGGUGCUGUGCAAGAUGGUGCGCUUUCUCUUCUACACCAACCUUUACUGCAGCAUCCUCUUCCUCACGUGCAUCAGUGUGCACCGGUGCCUGGGUGUCUUACGCCCGCUGCGCUCCCUGCGCUGGGGCCGGGCCCACUACGCCCGCCGGGUGGCAGCCAUCGUGUGGGUGCUGGUGCUGGCCUGCCAGGCCCCGGUGCUGUUCUUCGUUACCACCAGCACACGCGGAGGCCGGAUUACCUGCCAUGACACUUCAGCACCUGAACUCUUCGGUCACUUCGUGGCCUACAGCUCUGUCAUGCUGGGGCUGCUCUUUGCAGCGCCCUUUGCCAUCAUCCUGGUCUGUUACGUGCUCAUGGCACGGCGGCUGCUGAAGCCAGCCUACGGGACCUCAGGGGGCUUGCCGAGAGCCAAGCGGAAGUCGGUGCGCACCAUCGCUGUGGUCCUGGCUGUCUUUGCGCUCUGCUUCCUGCCUUUUCACGUCACCCGCACCCUCUACUACUCCUUCCGCUCCCUGGACCUCAGCUGUCACACCCUCAAUGCCAUCAACAUAGCUUACAAGAUCACCCGGCCGCUGGCCAGUGCCAACAGUUGCCUUGACCCCGUGCUCUACUUCCUGGCUGGGCAGAGGCUUGUGCGCUUUGCCCGGGACACCAAGCCACCCUCAGACCCUGCCAUUACCACCCAGGCACACCGUAGGCUGGGCUUGCGCAGGUCUGGCAAAACUUUAGACAACAGCGAUGGCUCCAGGCAGACAAACUCCACACCAGCUGAUGGUGAAGCCACUAAGGACAUACAGCUGUAGGGCCCGAACCCCUUGGACUGUGAAAGUUUUCAUGUGGGGGCUGUAAAGAACCAACACUUGUUCAAAUGGGAUUGUCCUCCUCUACGGAUAAGGAUGAUUCCUGCUGGAUGGUUAGGAGAGCCAUGCUCUGUCACUUGGCAGAGACUGAGGAUACACUCUGGUCCAGAGCUCAACAGCUCCCCCGGCUCCACUCACCAUGUGUAUGUGUGAGUUGGGGAAUAAGGUUUCAAGAAAGGCAAGGUUCAGGGCCAGUACUACCCCUGACCUGACUCCCACGUAAAUAGCGGGCCUUGCCUGCCAAGGUACCUAGGCUGGAGCCCAGCCCAGCCAAGUCAAGUCAAGAAACAGGAUCAGAAAGGAAAGUGACUCCCAAGGUCACCCAGCUUUCUGGGCCUGAGACACCUGAAGGUGGAGGGGUAUUGUAAGGUUGACCAGCCAGAGGAUGCUGGUUGGUAAGGAGUCUGCACUAGGCCAAAAGGUAAUUUGGGGAGUUGGCUACUCUCCAAGGUGUACCCCCAGCCCAAGAGAUGAAAAUCUGGGGCCUUACGUCAUAACCCCCGUGGGAGUUUCACUGGGCUGGAAGCCUCCCCUGGCUGUAAGUUAUACUAAAGGUAUUGUUGUCUCCUGAGUUGUGCCCUUUGUGGUCGGAAAAUAGGAAUAUGUCCUGGAAGCUUUCAAUAUCUGCACAAGAGUCCUUUC